GGGGGCUUGCCUCGGAGGCGUCCCAAGAUGGCGGCGGCCAUGCUGGGCCCGGGGGGUUGCGGUGCGCAGGCAGCGGCCCGCUCCCGCGGCGGCGGCCGCCGGCGGCACUGAGCCCCGCACCGCCCGCCCGCCCUCCCGCCGCCGAGCCCCCCCCCUCCCCUCCACGCACACACCUGGCGGCGGCUUCCCGCGGCCUGCAGCCGGGCCCUCGGGGCGCAGCGGCGGCCGCCGCCAUGGAGGGGCCUGGCGCGGCGGCGGUGGGCGCCGGCCCCGGCGGCAGCAACGUGCCCGCUUUCCUCACCAAGCUCUGGACCCUGGUCGAGGAUCCCGACACCGACUCGCUCAUCUGCUGGAGCCCGAGCGGAAGCAGCUUCCAUGUGUUUGACCAAGGCCAGUUUGCCAAGGAGGUGCUUCCGAAGUACUUCAAACACAACAACAUGGCCAGCUUUGUGCGGCAGCUCAAUAUGUAUGGCUUUCGAAAGGUUGUCCACAUUGAGCAGGGAGGAUUGGUGAAGCCGGAGAAAGACGAUACUGAAUUCCAGCAUCCGUAUUUCAUCCGAGGCCAGGAACAUCUCCUGGAGAACAUCAAGAGGAAAGUAACCAGCGUAUCCAGUAUAAAGAAUGAGGAUAUAAAGGUUCGGCAAGACAACGUAACCAAGUUGCUGACCGACAUCCAGGUGAUGAAAGGGAAGCAGGAGAGCAUGGACUCCAAGCUGAUAGCCAUGAAGCAGUAUGUAUGUGGGGAGAGGGUGGCAGAAAAUGCAGGAGAUGUGCCCGCUGGUUUCUUUCCUGAACACGUUAUUUUUAAGACCUUACCUGAGAGAGAGCAAGCUGCUUGCUUCCCCUCUGCUCCAGCUGCCAGUUCUCAGGAGUAUAGCCUGGGCGUUAAGAGCCUUGCUGCCUGGGGCAGGAAGGGGGUGGUGGAGGGACCUUCUGAACAGAGUUAAAACCCAUUAAAGACCCGGUGUCACAGCAGCCAGGCCUGUGACCCCAAACCCAGUGUCAGGCUUCUCGGAGUGCAGCUCUGCUUUGAGGUGUCAGUUGGAGAGGCUGUGAAGACUUCAGGAGCUUCCUUCCCUGCCACAGGGGUUGCAGUCUGAAAGGUCAGUUAAUGCAUGGUGCUGGGGUUUUGCCUUGUGAUUUUUUUUUUUUUUUUUCAUUUCUUUUUUCUUUUUCUCUCCCACAACGCACAACUAUUCUGUCUUGUCUGACUCUGCACCAGGGUAUUCACGUCAUUUGGGAUAAUGUCUGCUGUCCUUCUGUUCUAAUACCGCGUUCUUACUCCGGGCUCUUGACUUCUUGGGUGCACCCAGUUAAAUUCUCGCUGGAUGCUGCUCACCCGGUGUUUGCUGUUGGGUUGGGAGGCAAAAUGGGUGUUCUGGAGUCCUGCUAAUAAAUACUGCCUUACCUUCAGAGAUGAUCAGGGCACUGUUGCUCACCCUUGUGUGCCUUUUUCCCGUGGUGCUCGUACAGGAGAAUUUAGUUAAUGUUGCCUAAUCAGAAUCUUUAAGUGAUGCACCAGCAACUGGCUGCCCUCGCAGAAAGCAGGAGCUGUGUGUAAUCUGCCAGUUGUAAGACUCGCACCGAGACUCAAACGUGCCUUUAAGUUUAGAUACCUUUAAAUUUAAUACCUGUUAAGGCCGAUGAAUAUGGGGGUGUGGGUGUCCAGUUCCCUUGGGCACCUUUAUAAAUCUUGAUAGAAAG